GUGAGGCCGAACCGGGAGUGGGCAUCGCGCCGAAGCCCGGGCGGGCGGGGAGCAACGGCCGCGGACGCCGCGGGACCGCGUCAUUGAGGGCCGGGGGCGGGCGGAGAGCGCGGGCCGCUCGGGCCUGGGCUGCCGGCGCCAUGGGCAACCGCGGGAUGGAAGAGUUGAUCCCGCUGGUGAACAAGCUGCAAGACGCCUUCAGCUCCAUCGGCCAGAGCUGCCACCUGGACCUGCCGCAGAUCUCCGUGGUGGGCGGCCAGAGCGCCGGCAAGAGCUCGGUGCUCGAGAACUUCGUGGGCCGGGACUUCCUUCCCCGAGGUUCAGGAAUCGUCACCCGGAGACCUCUUAUUCUGCAGCUCAUCUUCUCAAACACAGAAUAUGCCGAGUUUUUGCACUGCAAAUCCAAAAAGUUUACAGACUUUGAUGAAGUCCGACAAGAGAUUGAAGCGGAGACCGACAGGGUCACGGGGACCAACAAAGGCAUUUCCUCAGUGCCCAUCAACCUGCGGAUCUACUCGCCACAUGUGUUGAACCUGACCCUCAUCGACCUCCCGGGCAUCACCAAGGUGCCCGUGGGGGACCAGCCCCCAGACAUCGAGUACCAGAUCAAAGACAUGAUCCUGCAGUUCAUCAGCCGGGAGAGUAGCCUCAUCCUCGCUGUCACCCCUGCCAACAUGGACCUGGCCAACUCGGACGCCCUCAAGCUGGCCAAGGAGGUCGACCCCCAAGGCCUGCGGACCAUUGGCGUCAUCACCAAGCUGGACCUGAUGGAUGAAGGCACCGAUGCCCGAGACAUCCUGGAGAACAAGCUGCUGCCCCUGAGGAGAGGCUACAUUGGCGUUGUGAACCGCAGCCAGAAAGAUAUUGAGGGCAAGAAGGACAUCCGUGCGGCACUGGGGGCCGAGAGGAAGUUCUUCCUCUCCCACCCGGCCUACCGGCACAUAGCAGACCGUAUGGGCACCCCACACCUGCAGAAGGCCCUGAAUCAGCAACUGACCAACCACAUCCGAGAGUCGUUGCCGUCCCUGCGCAGCAAGCUGCAGAGCCAGCUGCUAUCCCUGGAGAAGGAGGUGGAGGAAUACAAGAACUACCGGCCUGAUGACCCCACACGCAAAACCAAAGCCCUGUUGCAGAUGGUCCAGCAGUUCGGGGUGGACUUUGAAAAGAGGAUUGAGGGCACUGGAGACCAGGUGGACACACUGGAGCUCUCGGGGGGUGCCCGGAUCAACCGCAUCUUCCACGAACGGUUCCCCUUUGAGCUGGUGAAGAUGGAGUUUGAUGAGAAGGACUUAAGACGGGAGAUCAGCUAUGCCAUCAAGAACAUCCACGGAGUCAGGACGGGACUCUUCACCCCCGACAUGGCCUUUGAAGCCAUUGUGAAAAAACAGAUUGUAAAACUCAAAGAGCCGAGUUUGAAGUGUGUUGACCUCGUGGUCUCAGAACUGGCCACAGUCAUUAAAAAGUGUUCCGAGAAGCUCAGCUCCUACCCCAAGUUGCAAGAGGAGACGGAACGGAUUGUCACCACUUACAUCCGAGAACGGGAGGGGAAAACCAAGGACCAGAUUCUUCUUCUGAUUGACAUUGAGCAGUCGUACAUCAACACGAACCACGAGGACUUCAUUGGAUUUGCCAACUGUUACUAUACUGAGCAGCUGGUGACCGGCGCCCAACAGAGGAGCACGCAACUGAACAAGAAGAGAGCCAUCCCCAACCAGGGGGAGAUCUUGGUGAUCCGCAAGGGCUGGCUGACCAUCAACAACAUCAGCCUGAUGAAGGGCGGCUCCAAGGAGUACUGGUUCGUGCUGACGGCAGAGUCCCUGUCCUGGUACAAGGAUGAGGAGGAAAAAGAGAAGAAAUACAUGCUGCCUCUGGACAACCUCAAAAUCCGCGACGUGGGGAAGGGUUUCAUGUCCAUCAAGCACAUCUUUGCCAUCUUCAACACAGAGCAGAGGAACGUCUACAAGGACCUACGGCAGAUCGAACUGGCCUGUGACUCCCAGGAGGAUGUGGAUAGCUGGAAGGCUUCGUUCCUCCGGGCCGGCGUCUACCCUGAAAAGGACCAGGCAGAGAAUGAGGAGGGAGUCCAGGAGAACACCUUCUCCAUGGACCCGCAGCUGGAACGGCAGGUGGAGACCAUUCGCAACCUGGUGGACUCAUAUGUGGACAUCAUCAACAAGUCCAUCCGUGACCUCAUGCCAAAGACCAUCAUGCACCUCAUGAUCCACAACACCAAGGCCUUCAUCCACCGCGAGCUGCUGGCCUACCUGUACUCUUCGGCGGACCAGAGCAGCCUCAUGGAGGAGUCGGCUGACCUGGCCCAGCGGCGAGAAGACUUGCUGCGCAUGUACCACGCGCUCAAGGAGGCGCUCAAGAUCAUCGGGGACAUCAGCACCAGCACUGUGUCCAUACCCGUGCCCCCACCUGUUGACGACACCUGGCUUCAGAGCGCCAGCAGCCACAGCCCCACUCCACAGCGCCGACCCACGUCCAGCGUGCACCCCCCCGGCCGGCCCCCAGCAGUGAGGGGCCCCACCCCGGGGCCUCCUCUGACCCCCAUGCCAGUGGGGGCAGCAGCCUCCCUCUCGGUGCCCCCCGUCCCAUCCCGGCCUGGACCCCAGAACGCGUUUGCCAACAACGACCCCUUCUCAGUCCCGCCUCAGAUCCCGUCGCGGCCAGCUCGGAUUCCACCCGGCAUUCCGCCUGGAGUGCCCAGCAGAAGACCCCCUGCGGCACCCGGUCGGCCCACCAUUAUCCGCCCAGCUGAGCCAUCCCUGCUCGACUAGGCAGGGGGCAUGUUCUCAGGGGGUCCUUGUGCGCCUAUGGUGCUGGAGCUUUGGUGGUCUGGGCCCCUCUGCCGCCUCUGGCCCCCGUCACCGUGCUGGGACUAGGUUCCCUGAGGCAGCCCGACUCCUCCCUGACCCUGGCGCCCAUCCCCAGCUGGACACAGCACCGACGGGGAGCCCUCGGGUGCAGGGAGCCAGGGGUUGCACUUUGGGUCAGGGUGCCUGGGGGUAGCAGAGGAGGGGUACACCCUGGCGCCCUCCUGAAUAAGGAUCCUGGCUGGGGCGGGAGACUCAUCCACAGCUUCUCUGGCCAGGAAAGCCUGAGUCAACUAGGCCUUCUGGAAACUGGGGUACCUGUACCCGCCCCCGUCCUUUGAGGGGCGCAGGGAACGUGCCCACUGCUCAGCAGCGGGAGCUCUGGGCGGUGAGCCAGGCCCGGGGCGGCCAGGGUUGUGCAUGUUCCUUCUUGGCUGCACUAACCGCACGGCCCGGCCUCUGCUGCCAGAGGCGCCCUUGCCAGGUGGGGAGCCUCAUCCCCGCCGGCCUUGCUUUCCUCUCAACCCCCCUCCCUGGCCCCCAGGGCAGCUGGGCUGGGGGCUGAGUGCGUGGGGAGGCUUUGGGGGCCCCUCAGCUGCCACCCAGGCCCCCCCAACAGGGUGGGCCCCCCAGCCUCUCCCUGAACUCCCUUGAGCUCUUCGCGCUCACUCCCUGCUCAGUUUGACCACUGUAAGUGCCUGCACUCUGUGUCCUAUUAAUAAACUAAAAUAAAGGGAAGAAGCUUCUGGUG